UUUCUUGACUGGUUUGAGGAGCAGUCCAGCCUGCAUUCCUCCUGUCUCUAAAGCCUGACCGAUAGAGACAGAGAAAGGAAGGAGGGGGAGAAAACAAAUUAUUAUUCACGACCGUGUUGGAUUUUUAUGUUACACUGACUCGCACCGGACGCACCGACCACAUCAGGUCAAAAAAUAACCGUGUCAGGACUGCUGCUUCGGACCUGAGACGCGGAUAAAAAGGCGUGAUUUUCUUUUACAACGACGGGACUUUGCGUUGAUGUGCCUGUGUAGGUCAGCUACCGAAAAGCAGCUCUGGUGAAACAGUCUCAACCUUUCCACGGCGGAUAUCUCCUUUUUUUAAAAUGAGGAUUUGCAAAAUGGCUGAUGACAGCUAACAAGGACAGAAAAGCGACGUCCCCUUUAAGAUUAGCAGGGUAUAUUUUUGUAUUUUAUUAGCUAAGUAUAUAAAUAUGACUGCUUUUAAUAAGUAAUGACUAGAGAGUAUAUUAGCAACGACCGUCCUUGUCGGGAAAUGGUGCCAGUCUAGCGUUUAUCUGUACCUGUGCUGUGGUAGAAAAUGGUGAGGUGACGUCUGAGGUAAUUUGCACGAUUUAAUCGAGAUAAGGAAGUAGGUAAAUAUGUUGUUGGCUACAAGAUGAGGCGUCAAUAGGUGGACACGAAGUAAAAAGAGGCCAGGGCUGAAAAAAAUACUAAAAAUCUUUGGGUCAUUUGAUAGAUGUGUCGGAGGGGGGAAAGCAAAAGGCUCCGCAACAGCAACCAACAUUCCUGCGGAUCCUUAAACCCCUUUGUUUUGUGCGCAGGAGCUGGACUCGACUAUUUAAACGAUUAACUAUGCAGUAAACAGCCUCGAAAUGAUGGCCCGGGUAUGGUUUUCAGUUUAGUAGGAUUAUAAAGCCUUUGUUGUCGACAGAAACUGGUAGAAAAGAAAAGCCGAGGCCUUGUGUACAGAUAUGCGAGCCGUGCCACAUAGCAGGCGUUAUUCAUCAAACAGAAAGGUCGCGUUUAUGUCAAAUUGAAGGGCUGGAGGGACGCGUGUUGUUAAUCUGAACUAUAAGACAGUAUUUCUUGUCUACUGCCAAACCGUCGUGGGUUGUAUGUUCAAUUAAAUCGCCGGUGGAGGCUCCUCGGAUCCUUAUUUAUGAUUCAGCGGACAAAAGCAUUGCGCUGCGUUGUGAUUAUUCAGACUCAAGCGUCCUUGAGGUCCUUAUAAAACAGAUUCAGGUUUAAAAAAAAACUGUGUGAAUAGUAAUCAGGGUGUGGACCGGAGCAUUCUUUUUUUCAUGCUCUUCAUGCUUCGGUUGUUUGUCUGAAUUGGUCCACAGGCAGAUGUGAAGGAAGAAGCUAAGGGCCCGAGCAGACAAGGAUCAAGUGUCUUUACAUGUAGAGAUUGGUUCACGUCAUGAUCCUGUGAGUGAUUGUGUAGAUGUUUAGUUCUCUGUGCCUUGUUUUCAUUUUAUGGUUUACCUGUAGCUGACAGGUUUGUAGCUUCCUGUAGGCCUAUAAACACAAGCUGUAAAGGGAGGUCUGGUGUGUGUGUGUGUGUGUGUGUGUGAGUGUGAGUGAGUGAUUUAGAGGAAAGGAAAGCACCGUUUACUGUAAUCUGUGUAACGUCAGCCCCUGCUGUGUGUGGAAAUCACCAAGGUGUUGUCAUCCCCGCUUGAAGCCUUCUCUGGGCAGUUUUCUGGAUUUUGCCUUCCUGCUGCAGCAAUAAGCAAUACCUGUCAUCUGUCAGGGAGACUCAUCUGAUUUGGUCACAAGGGUUUAAAUAUACGGACUGAUCUUUCAGGACAGCAUCAGCUCUGGUUUUAUCUUUUCCACAAAACUCAUUUUCAGAGUGUUGUGUUUCCUGUGCUGAGACAGAGGCCUAGAGGUCUGGAAGAAGCAGAGAACAGUUAGUGUAUGCCUUCCUGCAUCAUGAUGGCUUCUGACAUGGCUGAGACGUGGAGGAACUGUUUUGAGGAGGAGCUCAUCUGCCCCAUCUGCCUGCACGUGUUCUCAGAUCCCAUCCAGCUGCCCUGCAAGCACAACUUUUGCCGGGGCUGCAUCAGCGAGGCCUGGGCCAAAGACUCCUCACUGGCCCGCUGCCCCGAGUGCAAUCAUGCUUACACGCAGAAGCCCAGCCUGGAGAAGAACCACAAACUGUCCAACAUAGUUGAGAAAUACAACGCCCUGAGUGUGGAAAAGGCCACCACGCCAGCGCUGCAGUGCAUCCUGUGCCGCCGAGGCCCACCGCUCCCUGCAGUGAAAGUCUGCCUGCGCUGCAAUGCCCCGUGCUGCCAGUCCCACGUCCAGACACACCUGCAGCAACCAUGCUCAGCCCUGGGGCACCUGUUGGUGGAGGCGGAGGCGGUGAAGGCGUGGACCUGCCCGCAGCACGACGAGUACAGGCUUUACCACUGUGAGGCUGAGCAGACAGCGGUGUGUCAGUACUGCUGCUUCGCCCGAUGCCACCCCAGCCAUGGCCACACAGUCGCUGACGUGGAGCUGCGACGCAAUGACAUCAGACAAAGCCUAUUGAGACAGCAGGAGCGCGUGGAGGAACGAGCACAGGAGAUCGAAGAGCAGCUUUGCAAACUCGACUCCGAUAAGUGUGUGGUGGAGGACAGGGUGUGUGAGCUGAAAGAUGAGGUGCGUCUGCAGUACCAGCGGAUGCACCAGCUCCUGGAGGAGGACCUUGGUCGGACACUGGAGGCUCUGGAUCGGGCUCAUGCUCGGUUCUGCCAGGAGAAUGCAGCCCAGGUUUUGGCUCUGGGAGAGCAGCGCCAUGAAGCUCAGAAACUGCUGAGCUCUAUCCACACGGCCUUCAGUAAGGCAGAAGAACUGAGCUUCAUGAAAAACACCAAACCUGUUAAAAUACUCACAGACAGGUCUCAGGCAUGUGUGGGCAGCAGUCUCCCUCCUUACAAAGUUGGGAAUUUGAACUCCAAGCUUUUCCUUUCUGAAAUCUCCAAAAGAGAGAAGAGCUUGAAGAGAACACUGGAAGCUCCUCUCAACCCUCCCUCAACCUUCCUGCAGUCUGUUCCUGCCUAUCCCAGUGGUCAGAGCUCUAGCUCUGGAGCAGAGAAACGGAACCAUUCCACUGCUUUUCCAGAGGGAAGUGGGAACGUUGGAAAAGCUGCCGCUCCUGGUUUCAAGGACUCCUCAUCUUCUUCUUCUUCAUCAUUAGCCAAGCAGCCCUACCUGAGCUCAGGCUCUGCCUCUGGGGAAGGCCAGUCUACCAAUCAGCAGCCUGUCGGUCCCUGUGGCCCGCCUCAUAUCAGCGAGAGUAGUGGGACAGGAAGUGGAAGUAGCUCGCUGACCAACCACCAUUCAGGCUCCGUGUUCGGUUCCUCGCACUUUCCUCCUGGAGGCAGCAGCUCCUCACACUCCUCCCAACAGGCCAUGCUGCCUCAGUACGGUGGCCGGAAGAUCCUAGUGUGUACAAUGGAUAACUGCUACUGCUCUGGAGUGCCCUCGGUGUCGGGACACCGCAGUCAUCCCCCAUACCCCCGCUCGGGCUCCUUCCCCUGGGUCAGCACCCAAGACUACCCCCCUCCCCCUGGCCUGGCCUCUGGAGGUCCGUCCAUGCAAGGCUUGGCAGUGAGGGACUGGAUAGAUGCCUCACAGACGCACAGACAUGCAGAUUUCUACGGGCUGUAUGGGCAGCCCUCUACAAAGCACUACGUCACCAGUUAACAGAGUAGAUCCACUCGUACAGAAACACUCAGAUAUAGAGACAGGUAUCAAAAUAGCACACCUUUACUGACGUAUUAACCGGAAAAAACACAAUGCAGUUAUAUGAAACACACGUUAAAAUAAAUGUUUAUAUCCACACACACAAAUAUAGAACAACACAGUGGGGGCAGGGUUGAUAUCUUUGUGUUUUAAUUUUCUUAAUUUCUUUCAUUUUUGGACAGUGUAGUGUAUUAUACUUAAAAUGCAUAAACAGCCAACUGCUAACUCUAGGGCGAGCCAUUUCCGACAUAAACAAGAAGUGAAACGCAUAAAAAGGAGAGGUUGAGAUUCAUCCUUUUUUUCUUAUAGAGUAGGACAUGGGUUGAUGGAAAAUAAACCUUUAUUAGGAAAUCUUCUCAUGCUCUUCAUUGCUUCUCACUGAGGGAAAAUGGAUAAGACCACACAGCGUUGAGUUUUCCUGUUUAGUGUCUCAUGUUUCUCUGAUAUAUUCACCCCUUCAAGUUGUACUGAGAUUGAUUUCCUUGUGUUAUUAGCAUCCUAUUUUUCUCUGCCCAGCUGAAUUUGUUGGAUAGAUCUUUAAAAACGGGACACACGAUCCCUUAGUGUCUCUUGAUCUUUAUCAUCAUGGCACUUCUUCCUUUCUUUGC